GCGCGUUCCUGCUGAAUCGCCUGCCCCCCUGCACACAAAAGCAGCGUGGCUCACACACACUCGAGCACUCUUACUUACUCGCGCACACACACACACACAAACCCGGCCGUGCUGGAUCACACGUAUACACGUGCACUUGCACACAGCUUUCGCUUCAACACCUGGGAGCCUCAACAACGAGAACACCUGCGAGGUGGCCGUUUGAGGAGGUCUCGGCUGUGAAAGCUUACUGGGGAAUCUCAACUGUAGGGAAGGGUAUAGGGAACAGCCAGCACAGCCUGCUUGGAGGUGGUGGGAAAAGGUGGUGUGAGGUGGUGGUGUGGUGUAUCCAUCUGAGAUUAUACCUGCCCGGGUCAUCCCGUCCCAUCCCGUCCCAAUGUCUGACGAGGAGUGCCGCUCGCCCAUCGGCCUCGACUGCUGCAGCUGCUGCCUGGACCUGGCCAAUGGCUGCGAACCCGAACCGGGACGUCCCGGCCUUCCCAGCCUGGGCAGCCCCACCUCCGUCAACCACUUCAGGCAGCUCCGGGACCAACUGCUCUUCCACAACCUCAACACUGACAAGCUCAACACAAUCAUGAGGCAGGACUCGCUGGAGUCGGUGGUCCGCGACCCCUGCUUCCUGCUCAACGAGGGCAUCUGCAACAGCAACAUUGACCAGACCAUGCUGUCCAUCCUUCUGUUUUUCCACAGUGCCUCUGGUGCAAGCGUUGUGGCCAUUGACAACAAGAUCGAACAAGCAAUGGAUCUUGUAAAGAACCACCUGAUGUACGCUGUCAGGGAGGAAGUGGAGAUCCUGAAAGAGCAGAUUAAGGAGCUGGCAGAGAAGAACAACCAGCUGGAGCGUGAGAACAGCCUGCUGAAGAACCUCGCCAGCCCUGAGCAGCUGGAGAAGUUCCAGUCGCGCAUUCCCUCGGAGGCCCUGACGCCCAUGGAGGCCCAGGAGCUGGAGUCUUCCCAGCAAGGCGGCCGCUACAGCACAGUGGGUUCCGCUGUGUAAGUGGCUCUGCCAUGGGGCGGGCAGAGCCACAGCUCUCACCUGAAAUGGACCUCCUGAGUCGUCGCUGUCGUUGUUGAUUGCGCAACUUCCACCAGGCUUCCGAAGCUGGCUGUACAGACGAAAAUGAACUUGACCUACCAAAAAAAACGAAAGAUUCUGAUGUUCCAGUGGCCUUGUCUGUUCUGUGAUAUCUGACAAUCUCUUCGGACUUGUGUGUAAAAGAGAGAGCCGUAGACGUCCGUACGACGGGACCACCAGCCAUGCCGUAGGGGGCCCGGUCUAGCCUUUCUCUCGUUCCCUCUAUACAUGGAGGAGGAGAAGAUGGCAUUCGUGUGACGGUGCUGUCCAAGCAGCCGAAAGCCGUGAAGCGCCACGGCCCUCGCGCCCUUGGCUCGUCCAUGCCAAGGACCUGUUCCCUAAGAGACUCCCUUCCAGUCUCACUGGAAGAGCCCCACGUGGAGUUCUCACUGCUGCAAGCUACCUGGGUCUCACAAGGCUCCGUCCUUGGCUGCCUGUACCUAGUUUAUAGUCCUACGUUAGUGGUCCCUCAUAUACAAGACCACUAAAAGCUCAAAAAGCUUUAAGACUGAUGAACUGGACUGAAUUUCUUCUUCUUUGCAAGAUACUGGUCCUCAGUGGUGAUUUUUAACCAUAUGAUUCAUAACAGUUGCUUGUAUUCUCUACAGUUGGGGCUUGCUGCUUAAGGGGAAAAUAUUUUUUUUUUGUUUUGUAACUGAACAAAAAUCAACUUGUUUAUAUGAGCUAUGUAUAAACUGAUUGUUUCGAUGGAGUAGACAUAUGUAUACAUUUGGCUUAAUUCUGUAAAUUAGUUGGACGAUGUAAAGUGAAAUGCUUCAGAAUGAUGGAGAAGGAGACUUUGCUCUCGCUGCACAUGCACUCCUGAUAGACCUAAUGUUCGUUUGUGUUUUUUGAUGCCACAUGCCAACUGACCCGCUGGCAGGACUUGUGUGUAUGCGUGUUGGUUGUCUGUCUGAGGAGGAGGAGGAGGACCAUGUGCUCCUUGAAUUAACGUUGUUUUCUAACUACUACCAAAGACUUGCCUCAUACUCACAAGCCAACUAGGACCAUGUGUUUGUACACAGGGCAAAGGUUUCUUUUUUUUUUUUUUUUUUUUUUUUGGUCCACAGACUUUAAAACAUAGGUUUUGUUGCUUCACUGUGUCCAUGGAAAAAUGUUUUUCAAUAAUGUAUGGAUACAAAUGCACACUGCAAUAAACCUCAUGUUUACACUAAA